AUUGAUGAAUACGAAAGGAAAAAGGAACUAGCAUCCAAAGCGAUGCAAAAGAAAGUUCAAUAUCCUGAAGUUCGUGUACCAACAGAUACAUGGAGUGGUCUUGGUUUCUCAAAAUCCAUGCCAGAAAAUGCCAUUAGACAAGCGCGCGCCAAAGGWCUUAUGCCUCCAUACAAUGGACCUUCCAAUGGCACAUUGCCAGAGAAUUGCAUUCCGCAACAAACGUCGUCGAUGGAAAAUCGACCCUCUCGUAGUAACAGUGUUUCUAUUUACGAGACAUCAAGUCAUCUAGACAGUUCAAAUACCUUCAGCCUAACAGUUGGUGAACGUCGAAACAGUUAUCCAUGUUCACCAGUGCCAUCAUCAUCAGAACUCGAAAGACUUCUUGAACAACUUGGACUUAUGAAAUAUCACAGAAUAUUCCAUGAACAAGAGGUUGACUGGCAAACGUUCAUGACACUCACCGAUGAUGACCUGAAAGAACUUGGAGUGAAAGCGUUUGGUGCUAGACGGAAAUUGUUGAUMGCCAUUUCAGAUUUGAAAAAGAAUCCUGCAGUUUCAGCGCCAUCGCCAGUCAACACACCCAAACCUUGYUAYRCAGACUGYACACCCMUCAACAACAACCCCUUGCCUUACAGCAGACGGCAAUUGGACAUUGCCAGUCACAGUGGUAGAUGGUGACAUAACUGUUGAUAUUUACACCAUUGUCAUGGUUACCAUGAUUGUGCUUACUACAGUUACCAAAGAUAUAGUGGUUACUAUGGUUUCCUUGACUGUGGCYACAAAAAUUGUUACUAUGGUUACGGUAUCCAUGGGCAUGGAUGUUAGCCAAAAGAUACACAGGUGUUGCUUAGAACUAUACAACUAACUUACAACAGUUGCUAUAGAGACUGUUUCUAUGGUAAAACACAAUAAUCUUGUUGUCUGCAUGACCAUAGUGCAUCACUAAAAUUAUUACGUGMAUGACAUUAAAAAACAUGCAUGCGCCGAUUUAUUCUAACUAUAGAAUGGGAGGGGAAGGCUUAAAUACAGAAUGAAGUUCAUAAUUUAAUAUAAUAUUAUYAUAGAAAACGAAUCACAUCUUAUCACUCAAUACUUCAUAAAGUGAAGAUGAUAAAUCCAUAAAAUCUAGUAGUUCAGGAAGAAUAAUUCACUAGAUACACACACAAAAAACAUUGAAUUCAAGACUACUAAAGUGUAUUAGCCUUGUGGCUACUUCAUAGUUUGUUUCUGGACUCCAGCACUCAUCAUUACAAAUUCUUCUACAUUAGAAGGAUAAUGAGAUCCAUUUAAUAUUGGAAAAUAUGUUUGUGAAAACUAUUUACAGACGCAAAUUAUAAUCCCUAAUAUUACUGGGGGUCAUUGAAAGAGCCUUCAAAAAGGUUCUUUGCUAAGAUAAAGAAAAAAAGAGCAAAUGUUGUUUAUUUUUGCAUAAGUGUGAUUUUUGUAAUGUGUUGAUAAUAAUCUGUGAAUGCAGCUUGUUGAUAUACGUGUAGCUAGUGUAAGCGUAGUUUAUUUGUGUUUAGAUUAAGUGUACAAAUGUCUUGGUUAAAAUCCUCUGUACAAAUGCAUGAUCAGCUACUGAUGAUAAUAGCUAACUAAUAGUAAUAUGUUUAAACAAGUGUCUGUUGUUUGCUUAUAAAUAUAUGGCAUAGGCAAUAUGUAUGUAUAUGUGUUAAUAUACAUGUAGACUUAUAGUACACACAGUACAUAUAAUAUAAUAGAACGAUUUCACUUAACCGGAUAAAAAAUGCUAAUGAGAAUCAAUUUAUGCUAAUACACAUUACACGAUAUUAAACGGGGAAAAACAAGGAUAUUGAUGAACGCUUUACUUAUUUGACGUACAUAUGUGUUGACGUUAAUUCUGUUUAUCUGUAACAUGUCCAAAACGACAACAAAAGCAGCAAAAAUUGCACAAAUAAAACAUUUGUUUGCUUUUACAAGCAUCCAACGUGCACACUAAGGAAAAACACUUCGUAAGCGAAAAAAAAAAAUCAAAACAUUUUUGUAUCUAGUUUUUGCAAACAUGGACAACAACUUGAUACAAGCCAUUCUCAUCGUGUAAUGUGUAUUAGCAUAAAUUGAACCUCAUUAGCAUUUUUUAUCCGGUUAUGUGAAAUCGUUCUAAUGUGUUCAUCUGGGGCCAGUUGUACAAUCGGUGAAUAAAAUAAAUCCUUAUUCUCAUGAUAUAGUCAUUUCAAUCUGUCUGUGAAGGAUUACUGAGACUAAUAGUUGGUAUAAUACUCAUAGUCUAUUGAUUUCUUUUGUUCAUUACCAAGAAAUACCAAUUAAAUAGUCAUUUUUCAUUUCACAAUCAAAUCCAGGUAUUUAACUGAAAACUUUAUUUUACCUUUUGGUACAACUGGCUCUAAUAAUGCAAUGACUUAUCAGUUUUUUUCCAGGGGGGUUCACCACUAGGGGAUUUGAUACUAGACGCCCCACUUGAUGUGUGUGCCAUGGGACUAAUGGAGAUCCUGUACACCCAAUGCACCCCCCUGCUACUGUAAUGCCAUGUAAAUCCAUAUAUUUAAGUUAAACAACAGAUACUAUAGUAACCUAACAUCUAUCAGUGGAAGUCUAAUAUGCAUGCUUAGCUUCAAGACUGCAUAAUUUAAAGUAAAAACGAAAAGUUUAAAUCAACUGACUUAAUUUUGAGAUUUUUGUAUGUAAGAAAAAAAAAGACACAUUUCUAAAAACCUGUUUGUAAAAUUUUGACCAAUUCAACAACAAAAUUAAUAUAAUAUACUCUAAAGCAAAGACGAGACUGAUAAUAAGUAUAUUUUCAGUGAUUCAGAAUACUUUGAGACUAAGGCAAAUUAAUAAUUGGAGAAUUAAAUAAUCAAUACGACAAUUUAUGGAAGGUAAUACUAGCUAGAUAAAAUUAAUAUAUGAUGAACAAAUUUUUGAAUAAGUUUUAAAUAUACUGUUAAAGUAUUAUCUCUGAACUCAUUGUCACUCGUCAUUCUUUCUUUUUAAAAACUUAUUAAUAAUUAUUAAUUAAUAUUAAUAAUUUUUAUCGCAGUGUUAACUUCACUUGAUUUUUUACGGUAACGUAGCUUAAGCUCAAGAUAAUCUUAUUUACCACAUGGCUUGAUUAAGCAGGUCAGAUCGAGCAUAUAUUGAUUAAUAAUAUUAUAAUUAAUCAUUAGUUUUAUUUACUAUGCCAAUCCUGUGUCAGGCAAACAUUGUACAUCCUUUAUCCAAAUUUAUUAAAUCAAUGUAGACCACAAGUUCAUAUUUCUUCUAUGUCUUCUAAAAGGCCAAUGCAAAAUAACAGAAGGGUCAGAAAUGGGGCAUCAAAACAUUUCCAAAGCAAAGGGGGCCACACAGCAUUUCAAUCAAACCCCAGAUCCUGACGCAGACCCAGAGAUUUUAGGUGAUGUUGCAGACAAGUUCUGCAGUAAUGCUGUAUUGACCAGAUACAGGAUUGGCCAUUAGGUUGUAAGAUUUUGUAGUUUAAGUUAAUACAUUUACCCAGCAGUACCUAUACUAUGUCUAAUAGACUGUACAUGCUAGCUUAAUCCAUAAAAUACAAUGUGAGAAAAAAAUAGGACCUAAAUGAUGCUGAAUUAUUUGUUUUAUAUUGCCUAAAUYGACACUAUUUAGUAGUUAUUUGUAUUAUUUGUUUCGCUAUUGUUUGUGCACUCUAUUUUUAAUGUAAUUCAUAUGAUGAGCAAGAAGGAAUAGACAGACAAAAGCUAAAUUCUACAAUAUGGGAAAGAUUCCUUUUAUAACUCCAAUUAUGCUUGUCAUGUUGUUCAUUGCAAAGUCUUAUCUCUCUCUUACACUUGAAAAGUGCUUGUUAGAGUAUACAAGUCAAGUAUAUAUUUCAAAGAUUAAUAAUUAUUUAGAUUUUAUAUGCCACUUGUAUUUCAUGGAAUAAAGUAUAGUUUUUUUUAUAGUUUUUUCAUGGAAUAAAGUAUAGUUUUUUUUAGUUCAAUCUGGAGGGUUAAACAAUGGACUCUUUGUUUUGCCCCCAAGUUGAAAAUGCUUUGACAUAAUGAAUUAGAAAGGAGUUUCAAUCUUUUGUUACUGGCUUAUUAUCAUCCACGGAACUAAGUAUAUUUAUUAGAAGUCAUUAUUAGAUAUUCAUUAAGUCAUAAUGAUGAAGACGCAAAGCCAAUGAAAAAAUAUAUUAGCUGGUUGGUAAAUUGUAGUCAAAAAUCACAAGUUAAGUGACAGACCAUUAGAGAAGGGAUGUAAGGAAUAGAACUUAAGGUAAAAUAAGUGAUGGAAGGGGAGGGGACAUAUUUUGGGAAGACAGGAAUUAUUACUUAAUAAUAUUAUUACUUGAAAUAAAAAAAAAAUGGUUUUGUGACUUCACUUUACAAAUACAAUCAAAAGAACUAAUCAUACAUUGUAGGAAUAUUGAUGUAAUCAUGAAAACUGGCCAAUGAGCAUCCUUUCUUAGCUGCCUAUGCAAACCUACAUAUUAUACUCCCCACAGGGUAGGGGUGUGACACUAGGGGGGUUGGGAAAGGAGCCCARUGGUCAAUUAUUAUAAGAAUUCUUCAUCUCACAAAGUAAUAUAUAUAACAACAUAUUAUUUAUAACAUACAGUGUAGUCUGAGUUAAGCCUUUGCAAUGAGCAGCAGAYAUUACAGGAAUCAGUCACUACAAUGAACAGUUAUAGUCCAGUUCAUAGUCAUAGCUAUACAUAAAUGUCAUCAAAUGAGAAUUUAUUUUUUGCUUUUUUCAAAGUUUUGAUUACCACUUUUCUACAUUUGCUAUUGUGUGUAAGAGAAUGUUAUAUUAGAUUGUACUAAACUGUCAGUAGAAGAAUAAGAAAUAAAAAGUACAAUUAAAAUAAUAAAGACGUUUUGUGUUGUAUGAAUACAUCACUAAUAGUAAUAAAACACAAU